AUGUAACCAGGCUGAGUAUUUAGACAUCUCUGGAAAAAUCAAAUGCACCUCUAGUCUUAAGKAAAUACCAUAUUUUUUUAACAUCUGCACAUCCCUAGAAGGUGUUUGCACUGGGGACAUCCAAGUGUUUUUUAUUCCUUUUUUUCUGUGUUUCCUGUAAAAGAAUAAGCUCUUUUUUUCCCUACAUAUUAGCGACUUGAUAAUAUAGAAAUAGAAUCUCUUGUUUGGAUCUUUGGUAGGUCCAGAAAUUUUCCAUGUCCACUACACUUAAAUAUUUAAAUAUAUAUUCUUCUCUUCAUAKUAUGAUGACAAGUUUAAACUUCUGUGGCGGUUUGAUACUUUGGCCCAUCUCUAUUCCGUUUCUUUCAUGUACAGUCAGUAGUAAAGCAGCUUUAUAUUUUGCAGGUUGCUGGAUACAAAUGCUAACUGCUCCAUCUUUUCUGCAGGUGCUCUUCUUUGGAUUUGGAUGGCUGUUCUUCAUGCGCCAACUCUUCAAGGAUUAUGAGGUGCGGCAGUAUGUUGUGCAGGUGAUCUUCUCCGUGACUUUUGCCUUCUCUUGUACUAUGUUUGAACUCAUAAUCUUCGAGAUUUUGGGAGUGCUGAAUAGCAGCUCUCGAUAUUUUCACUGGAAGCUCAAUCUUUUUGUCAUUCUGCUCAUCUUGGUCUUCAUGGUACCUUUCUACAUUGGCUACUUUGUUGUGAGCAACAUCAGAUUAUUGCACAGACAGAAACUGCUUUUUGCUUGUGUCCUGUGGCUGACAUUCAUGUAUUUCUUCUGGAAAUUGGGGGAUCCAUUUCCUAUACUCAGCCCAAAACAUGGAAUCCUGUCUAUAGAACAGCUCAUCAGCCGCGUGGGAGUGAUCGGGGUGACACUCAUGGCUUUGCUAUCAGGAUUUGGCGCUGUCAACUGCCCAUAUACUUAUAUGUCUUACUUUCUUAGGAAUGUGACGGAUGCCGAUAUUCUGGCUUUGGAGCGCCGCCUCCUUCAAACUAUGGACAUGAUUGUUAGCAAGAAAAAGAGGAUAGCAGUGGCUCACAGAACGAUGUUCCAAAGAGGAGAAGUGCACAACAAACCCACUGGCUUCUGGGGAAUGAUAAAAAGUGUGACAGCCUCCGCUGCAGGCAGUGAAAAUCUGUCCCUUAUUCAGCAAGAGGUGGAUGCCCUGGAAGAGCUGAGUCGGCAGCUUUUUCUGGAAACCGCUGACCUACACGCCACAAAGGAGAGAAUUGAGUACUCCAAAACUUUCCAGGGAAAAUACUUCAAUUUUUUGGGUUAUUUUUUCUCCAUCUAUUGUGUCUGGAAAAUCUUCAUGGCAACCAUCAAUAUUGUGUUUGACCGUGUUGGGAAGACUGAUCCGGUCACAAGAGGGAUUGAGAUCACUGUGAAUUACCUGGGAAUCCAGUUUGAUGUCAAAUUCUGGUCUCAGCACAUUUCCUUUAUCCUUGUUGGAAUAAUCAUUGUCACCUCUAUCAGAGGCUUGUUAAUCACACUUACAAAGUUCUUCUAUGCCAUCUCCAGCAGCAAGUCCUCCAAUGUUAUUGUUCUGCUCUUAGCACAGAUAAUGGGGAUGUACUUUGUCUCAUCAGUGCUCCUGAUCCGGAUGAGUAUGCCCCUAGAGUACCGCACUAUCAUCACAGAAGUCCUGGGAGAGCUCCAGUUCAACUUCUAUCAUCGCUGGUUUGAUGUGAUAUUCCUAGUUAGUGCCCUCUCCAGCAUCCUCUUCCUCUACUUGGCCCACAAACAAGCCCCAGAGAAGCACAUGGCUCUCUAAACAAGGACUGCAGUCACCCACUGCUCUCCCAUCCUUCCUGCUGGACUCCUGCAGCUCCUGUGGGCUGCAGAACUUGGCAAGAGCCACCGCAGUUGUGUGUUUUCCAGCAGUGGGGCUGGCUCUGAACUACCACACUUGAACUUCAGCAGGCUCCGUGGCUCACCUUGUUGAGGUGCCACAACUCGAAGGAAAAGGGAUGCAGGUGUUGAAUGGCAGAGAGUUUGACACCAAAGGAGGACACCAGUCCUUGGUGCAGCAGAAUCUUGGUGGAUUGGAACGUGCGUAGUAGGUUGUCUGAGGGGAAAGCUCUGCGUUUAGAAGAACAUCUUUAUAGCAGGCACUCAGUAAAUGUGAUUUCCUUUUGAAAAGCAAAUCAUAAUUGGAAUUCAGAGGGUGGUGAUUCUACUGUUGAAUGCUUAAAUCUGUGGAAUUAAAUAAGCUUUUUGUAAUAUGAGCAUCAUUAUUUUGUGUCUACCCCAACGGUUUGUCUGGAAGUGAGCUAUAAAAUAGCUGGGAUUUGCUGCCUGGCAAGAAGGAAAUAAAAAGAAGUUGAAGGGAAAUG